AUGGGCAGGCUUGAGUGUGUUGGCUUGGCCGUUUGUGAGUGUGGGCAGUAUGGUAGUCGGGUCUUACCAAGUGGUAUCAGAGCCAGUCCGAUCUUGUGGAUGCCGACGACUCGGAUGGAAACCCAAGUUGAUUCUGUUCAAGAGGAUGUGGGGGUAUUGAAGGAAAUUGUUCAGUCCCAUGCUCACGACUUGGUUGUGAUUACAGAGAAGCUUGACUUGGUCCUCAAGGGUCAGGCCUUCAUUGCCACAGAAUUGGCUAACCGUGGUUUUAGCCCAGGACAUCGUGGACCGCCGGAGGCUCCACCUUCGUCGGGAUCGACGCAGGGCAGCGGCAACGGUGGUGGUCAACGUGAGGGGAUGGAAGGUCAACGUUCGGAAUUUCGGGCUCGUAAAAUUGAAUUACCUGUGUACUCAGGUGGGGACCCGGAUGAGUGGACCUAUCGAGCUGACUGUUAUUUUGGGCUGCAGUGGCUGUCGACGGCGGUGCAACUUGAGGCGAUAGUGAUGUGUUUGGAAAGGGCAGCUCUGUAUUGGUUUCAUUGGGAGACAUUUUGGCGAUCGAUUGACACUUGGGAUGACCUCAAGACUCUGCUCAUUCACCGGUUUCGCCCAGUUCAUGAAGGCUCAGUGUUUGAUCACUUUCUCGAUCUUCAACAAACAUCCACGGUGCAGGAGUACCGGCGACAGUUUGAGAUGAUCGCCUCUGCCAUGGGAAACGUCUCGGAUUCCCUUCUGGAGUCUACUUUUGUAAAAGGCUUGAAGAUGGAAAUUCAGGGCCCAUUAAGAAUUUUGGAGCCCACUGGGUUAGUUAAAACCAUGGAGUUAGCUAAAGCCAUUGAGGCUAAUCAAACCUUAACAACUCCCACAACCUAUCGUCGCUUGACAGAGGCAGAAAUCAAGGAUCAGAAGGCUCGAGGUGUAUGCUUUAAGUGUGAGGGUAAGUGGCAGCGGGGUCAUGAAUGCAAGUUUCCCGAACUCCAGAUCAUUUUGUUGCAAGAUGAGGCCUCCGAUGAUGACAGUGAUGAAGACCCCAUUGAUGAAUCACUGGGUCUACCACCUCCGCCCACACCAAAAGCCAAAGUGGUGGAAGUCCCCCUCAACUCAGUGGUCAGACUGACGUCGCCAAAGACGAUGAAGCUCAUGGGCAGCAUCCAUGGCCACGAGGUGGUGGUCCUUAUCGACAGUGGGGCCACGCACAAUUUUAUCACUUCCGAGCUUGCAUCCAAGCUAGCUCUUCCUAUUUCUACUACUGAGUCAUAUGGUGUGCAAAUGGGCACGGGUCAGGCUAUCCGAGGAGAAGGCAUAUGUCGUGGGGUACCACUGAUUUUGCAGGAGUUAGAAAUUCUUGAUGACUUUCUUCCUUUACCUCUCGACAGUACAUAUGUCAUUUUGGGAAUACAAUGGCUGGAGACCUUGGAUGGCACCUAUCAUCAUUGGAAAGAUCAUGUUAUGAAGCUCAACGUCAAUGGGAAGGCCAUCACUCUCCAUGGAGAUCCUUCCUUACACAAAACUCGGGUUUCCCUCAAGACGAUGAUGCAGCUUCUUCAACAUGAGCGACAAGGGGUUUGGGUCGAGCUGGGUAGCGCAGUGGUGACUGCCGACUCUCCUCCAAUUCCGAAGUCCAUGAUGAGCAUUGUGCAGCGGUUUCAGUCGGUGUUUGAGGUGCUGAAAUCCCUGCCACCUUUACGAAGUCAUGAUCAUGCUAUUCCGCUGCGAGUGGGAUCCUCUCCUGUGAGUGUCCGACCGUACCGCUAUGCUCAAAUUCAAAAGGCUAAAAUUGAGCGAUUGCGUUUCUGUGUUGAUUACCGGACACUGAAUCAAGAAACAGUGGCCGAUGAGUAUCCCAUUCCUGUUAUUGAUGAGCUCCUCGAUGAAUUGCAUAGGGUGAAGGUGUUCUCCAAGUUGGAUUUACGAUCAGGUUACCAUCAGAUUCGUGUUAGGGCUACAAAUGUGCACAAAACGGUGUUUCGGACACAUGAAGGCCAUUACGAGUUCUUGGUCAUGCCCUUUGGCCUUACCAAUGCCCAUGCUACCUUCCAGUCACUCAUGAACAAAGUGUUCAAGCCAUAUCUUCAUCAAUUUGUGCUCGUUUUCUUUUAUGAUAAUUUGGUCUACAGUCUAGACGAAGCCACUCAUGAGGAGCAUUUGACUAUGGUUCUACACACCUUAGGCGAUCACCAAUUGUACGCCAACUUGAAGAAGUGUUGUUUUGGACAGCGCCGUUUGGAGUAUUUAGGGCAUAUCAUUUCAGGCGACAGGGUAACGAUGGACUCGUCGAAGGUCCAAGCUAUGAUACAUUGGCCGCUGCCCACUACACUUAAGGAGCUUCGUGGGUUCUUGGGGUUGACAGGAUACUACCAAAAGUUUAUAGCAGGGUAUGGGGCCAUUGCUCGCCCUCUUACAGACCAGCUCAAGAAGGAAAAAUUCUGGUGGACAGAGGCAACCACUCAAGCGUUUAAUUACCUCAAACAAGCCAUGAUUUCAGUACAUGUUCUUGCUCUUCCAGAUUUUUCUAAGACUUAUGUGGUCGAGACUGAUGCUUUGGGGUUUGGCAUUGGAGUGGUUUUGAUGCAGGAGGGUCGGCCCAUAGCCUACUACAGCCAAGUCUUGAAACCACACGCCCAACUCAAAUCCAUCUACGAAAAGGAACUCAUGGCCAUCGUUCUUGCUAUUCUUAAAUGGCAGCCAUACUUGUUAGGAUGCAGAUUUUUUGUGCGCACGGAUCAACAGAGCUUGAAGUUUUUGUUGGAACAACGACUGGUGACUUCCGACCACCACAAAUGGUUGGUCAAGUUGCUUGGCUAUGACUUUAAGAUACAGUACCGUCCGGGGGUCGGAAACUGA